AUGGAAAAUCAUGAAAUACUCCAAAAAAAACAACAAUCGAGACAUGGUAGAAGACUUUCCGAUCAUUUGAUGGAAAUUUGUGAAAAAAAGUAUUCCACGAAUACGACGACGACGACGACGACUAGCAACUCGGCAUCCAGUGAAAGUUUACCUGAUAUCAUUGAUGAUGAUUUGAUUGGAGGAAGUGGAAUUGUUGCAGCCAUGAGACAUGGAUUAUUAUUGAAUCUCAAUGUGAAAGAAAAUAAUGAACUUGAGAGAAAAGGUUCUUUGCAACGAAGAAGAAAUAGUGAUGCCUCGUUGACAUUGGAUUCUGUAAUGCCUGUCAUUCAAGCUCAACCACGGAAAAGAGCUUCUAUAGCAAAUCUUUUUUUCACAGAAUGGAGCAAAACCGAAGAAAAAAUUGUAAACAAAAUUAAUGACAUUUCCACAAAGACGAUGAAUGAAAGAUCUUGGGAAACAGACUAUGAAGGAGGAUUAAAGGUAUUGAAAGAAGACAUCAAAGUGUUAUGGAAAAAUCAAUCGCUGAGAAAUCUAUUUUACAAUGCCAAUGAUUUUGGAUUUCAUGUUCAUGAAAAUAUCAUUUACUUUAUGAAGAAUAUUAAUAGAAUUUUUAGAGAGGACUACAAGCCGACUGAAGAUGAUUACUUGAAAAUGAGAUGUGUGACCACAGGCAUCACCUCUGUAGAUAUUAAAAUUAACAAAUCAAGCGUGAUCAAAUUGUACGAUACUGGCGGAGAAAGAUGUGAGCGAAGAAAGUGGAAUGCUCUUCUCGAUGCCAAUCCCAAUGCAAUCAUUUAUGUGGUUUCUCUUUCCGAUUUUGACAUGUAUUCUACCGAUCAAAAAGACAAAAACAAGAUGCAAGAUUCCAUUGACGAGCUGAAAAAUCUAUGUCAAGAAAUGAAUAUGCGAAGUUUGAAGAACACAGAAUUUUUAAUAGUGCUCAACAAAUCGGACGCCUUUAAAGAAAAAAUUGAAGAAAAAGGAAAAUGCAUUUCAUCUCUCUUUCCAGAGUUUAAAACCAAUCAAGGAAUGACAAUAUCAGCAUUUACAGCACUCUCUACUGUCAAUUACAGUUCUUCAACGAAUGAUAAUAACAGUGACACAAAACAAUAUGAAAAGAGUUUGAAAUUCAUUGGACGAUUGUUGCACAAUAUUGUAAAAAGUGAACUUCCUUCACAAAAAGCGAUUCACAUGUACGAAACUUGUGCACUAGACAAGGAAGACAUCAAGUACAUUUUUGAAGAUGGGUUGGAACCAUUAUUGAGACCAGCAAAUGACAUGAAUCGACCAUCUGCAAAGAAUGACAAUAUUAGAAUUCUAGUCGAUGAAAAACGAACGAUUAAUAUUGGAGAAUUUGCAAGCAAUGCCUCACUAUCCAAACAUGCAGGUAAUCGAGCAAAUACAAUGCCUGCAAAGAAACAACCAAAAAGACGUCCACUCAAUUCAUUCUUUUCAAUUUUGAAACAAUUGGUUCCACCUCCACCUCCUCCGUCACCAUUUUUAAACAGCGUUUCAGAAGCAUAUGAUAUUGGACCUCCAAAACCCUAUCAUAAAAAUAUUUCAAAUCCAAAAUUAACUCCAGAGGAAGAAGAAAGAGUGAAUAGUGCUCUGCAAGAUAACAUUGAAGAAGGAAAAGGAAACGACUACAGUGAAAAGUAUUCUAUCAAGAAACAAAUUGGAAAAGGUGGUCAAGCUUUCACCUAUAUUGUGGCAGAAAAAGAUGCUGUAUCUGACAAAAAGUUUUAUGUCAUGAAGAGAAUCAAAAUGAAAACCAUUCAAGAGCUGAAUCAGAAUUUCAAUGAAAUCAAAUCUCUCUAUUCAUUACGCCAUGAGUAUAUCAACUCAAUUCACGACUUUUUCGUGGAACAAAAAGAAUCAACAAUUGUUGCAGAUAAUAUUGAAGGUGACGACAAACAAAAUUUAUCAGGAAAGCAAGAAUAUGUUCUUUGUAUCAUUUUAGAAUUUUGCAAAGGAGGUGACAUGAGAAUGUAUUUGGAUCGAUUUAAAAAGAAGGGCAUAACCACCUAUGUGAGUCAAACACAGAUUGUAAAAUGGUUGAAAAAGUUAACUAUUGCUCUAGUUUUCAUUCACUCCAAAGGAUAUCUUCACAGGGAUUUGAAGCCUGAAAACAUUUUUUUCAACGAUUUAGAACGAGAAGAACUCAGAUUGGGAGAUUUUGGAUUGAGUUGUUUGGUAAAAUCGACCAAAGAUGCCUCUGUUGGAACCAUCAAUUACAUGUCUCCAGAACAAUGCAAAGGAGAAGGUUAUAGUGCUUCAUCCGAUAUAUGGUCUUUGGGAGCCAUUGUAUUGGAAAUUCUUACACAACGAACGGUUAACGUGAGAGAAGAAUUAGAGAAGGAUCCAAAUUAUGUGAACCAUGUAUGCAAUGAGCUUAAAGAUAUUUACAGCGAAGAGCUGUUAGAUUUUGUGUGCAUGACUCUACAAUUGGAUCCACAAGCAAGGCCAUCCACACCUGAACAGUUAUUGGCUCUUGUAGAAAAUAUUGAGUAG